AUGGCUCUAUCUGGAAAGUUAAUUGGUUAUGUAGAGAUCAGUAAGAAGGGAGAUGUAUUCCAUGAUCUCUUCAGGCACAACCCCCAUGAGAUAGUUGCAAUAGCCCCUAAUAAGGUUCAUGACUGUGAACUGCAUGAUGGUGAAAGGGGAGCCGUUGGAUCUGUCAUCUCUUGGCACUACACUCAUGAGGGAAAAAGAAAAAUUUGUAAACAGAUAAUUGAAGCAGUGAAUGAGAAAAACCACAUGGCUGUGUUUAAGGUAAUCGGAGGAGAUUUAGUGGAGGAGCUAUACAAGAGCUUUACAAUCAUAUUGCAUGUUGAACAAAAGGGUGAUGGACAGGUGGCUACUUGGACCUUUGAGUUUGAGAAGCCUGAUGUGAGUGUACCAUAUCCAACUUCUCUGAUGGACUACCUUUGUGAUCUGGUCAAGGAUUUGGAUGCCCAUGGCAGCACUAAUUAA